GAGCCGCUGUGCACCGUCGCUAGCUCGCUCGCUCCUGCGCGCGGAGGAAGGGCGGCGACCCCUCGCGGACGGUCGGCCGCGCCCCGCCGCGCUCCGUGUGGCGCGGGUCCGGUCUCUCGCCGUCGCGCGCGCCCUUGUGCCCUCCUGGUGCCCUCCAGCGCGCCGGCGGGACCAUGAAGAAGUUCUCUCGGAUGCCCAAGUCGGAGGGCAGCGGCGGAGGGGCGGCGGCUGGUGGGGCCGCGGGAGCCGGGCUCGGCGGCGGCUUCGCAAGCUCGUCCAUGGGGGUCCGGGUGUUCACCGUCGGCCGCUAUCAGGUCACCCUGGAGGAGACGCUGGCCGAAGGUGGAUUCUCAACUGUUUUCCUGGUGCGCACUCAUGGUGGGAUUCGAUGUGCACUGAAGCGAAUGUACGUCAAUAACACACCCGACCUCAACAUUUGUAAAAGGGAAAUCACAAUUAUGAAGGAACUAUCUGGCCACAAAAAUAUUGUUGGUUAUUUGGACUGUGCUGUCAAUUCCAUUAGUGACAAUGUGUGGGAAGUGCUUAUUCUAAUGGAGUAUUGCCGAGCUGGGCAGGUAGUGAAUCAGAUGAACAAGAAGCUACAGACGGGCUUCACUGAAUCAGAAGUCUUACAGAUCUUCUGCAACACCUGUGAAGCUGUUGCGAGGUUGCAUCAGUGUAAGACUCCCAUAAUCCACCGGGAUCUGAAGGUAGAAAACAUUUUGCUAAAUGAUGCCGGAAAUUAUGUGCUUUGUGACUUUGGCAGUGCCACUAAUAAGUUUCUCAAUCCUCAAAAAGAUGGAGUUAAUGUAGUAGAAGAAGAAAUUAAAAAGUACACAACUCUGUCAUACAGAGCCCCGGAAAUGAUCAAUCUUUAUGGCGGGAAGCCCAUCACCACCAAGGCUGAUAUCUGGGCCCUGGGAUGUUUCUUGUACAAACUUUGCUUCUUCGCUCUUCCGUUUGGUGAGAGCCAGGUUGCUAUCUGUGAUGGCAGCUUCACCAUCCCAGACAAUUCUCGCUACUCCCAUAACAUACAUUGUUUGAUAAGGUUCAUGCUUGAACCAGAUCCGGAGCACAGACCUGACAUAUUUCAAGUGUCCUACUUUGCAUUUAAAUUCGCCAAAAAGGAUUGUCCGGUGUCCAACAUCAACAAUUCUUCUCUUCCCUCAACUCUUCCUGAGCCGAUGACCGCUAGUGAAGCUGCUGCUAAGAAAAGCCAAAUGAAAGCCAGAAUAACAGAUACCAUUGGACCAACAGAAACCUCAAUUGCACCAAGACAAAGACCAAAGGCCAAUUCCACUACUGCCACUUCCAGUGUGCUGGCCAUUCAGAGUUCAGCUACGCCUGUUAAAGUUCCUGCUCCUGAUGAAUUCAGUAGCCACAAGCCAAAAGGAGCGCAGAGACCUGGAAAUGGGUCUGAAGUCUUAAUGAGUCAGGGUCCCCUUCAGCAGCCACCACAGCAGCAUAGAGUCCUCCAGCAAUUGCAGCAGGGAGACUGGAGAUUACAGCAACUUCAUUUGCAUCGUGCUCCUCACCAGCAGCAGCAGCAACAGCAACAGCAGCAACAGCAGCAGCAGCAGCAGCAACAGCAGCAGCAGCAACAGCAGCAGCAGCUACUUCAAAAUGCUUAUUUGCAGCAGUAUCAGCAUGCAAUGCAGCAGCAACAGAUACUUCAGCAACAGUUUUUAAUGCAUUCAGUCUAUCAGCCUCAACCCCCUGGAUCACAAUAUCCUACAAUGAUGCAGCAGUAUCACCAGGCUUUCUUGCAGCAACAGAUGCUAGCUCACCAUCAGCAGCCUCAGCACCAUCAGCAGCCUCAGCACCAUCAGCAGCCUCAGCACCAUCAGCAGCCUCAGCACCUGGCAUCGCCCGAGUUUCUUACCUCUCCUCAAGAGUUCUCACCAGCCUUAAUUUCCUACGCUUCAUCACUUCCAGCCCAGCUUGGAACCAUAGCGGAUUCCUCUUUCAGUGCCAGUAGGUCUGUUGCUGAGAAGGAGGCAGUCCCACGCUUUACAAACGAGAAGACUGUCAGUCACCCGCCUGAUAUGUCGGGCUGGAAUCCUUUUGGAGAAGACAACUUCUCCAAGUUAACCGAAGAGGAGCUGCUGGACCGAGAGUUCGACCUUCUCAGAUCAAACAGGCUCGAGGAGAGCGCACCCUCAGAUAAGAAUCUAGACCCACCCUCUGCUCCACAUAGCCAUCCUCCGGAAGACCCUUUUGGUUCUGUCCCUUUCAUUUCUCACUCAGGUUCUCCUGAAAAGAAAACUGAACAUUCUCCAAAUCAAAAAAAUAUCACUGCAAACCCUACCAAAAAUGGAUGCGCAAGUCCAGUAUGUAAAGAUGAGCGGGCUGUAAAGAAGACGUCAGAGAAUUCAGCAGUUCGGGCUCCAGUGCAGAAGGGGCAGGACGAGUCUGAAAGUGAUUUUGAAUCCGACCCCCCUUCCCCGAAGAGCAGUGAAGAAGAACAAGAGGAUGAGGAAGCUCAGGGAGAACACGGGGACUUUAAUGAUGAUGACACGGAGCCAGAGAACCUGGGUCACAGGCCUCUGCUCAUGGACUCUGAAGAUGAGGAAGAGGAGGACAAGCACAGCUCUGACUCAGAGUAUGAACAAGCUAAGACCAAGUGCAGAGGUCAACCUGGUGGUGGGCGGAGCCCAGCCCCUGACCCAGCGCUCCUCUCCCCGGCACAUUCACCCGCUGGUGCUCCGACUUCUGGCCAGGAGUUUGAUGUGUUCGGUGCCGUGCCCUUUGCGGUGCGCGCUCCACAGCCACAGCACAGAGGGAGUGCGCAGAACCUCUCCCGGCAGACAUUUCCCGAGCAGGAGGACUUUGACGUGUUCACAAAGGCCCCCUUCAACAAGAAGGUGAACGUGCACGUGCAGGACUGGCCUGCAGUGGGGGCCGACACGCGUCCUCUGCCUGCACGGCCCAGAAGUGUAGAUAUAUUUGGCUCCACUCCCUUUCAGCCAUUUUCCACGUCAGCGAGUAGAAGUGAAAGCAGGGAGGAUGUUUUUGGGCUCGUGCCGUUUGAGGAAAUAACUGGGGGUCAGCAGCAAAAAGUCAAGCAGCGCAGCUUGCAGAAACUGUCCUCUCGCCAGAGACGCACGAAGCAGGACCUGUCCAAAAGCAAUGGGAAGCGCCACCACGGCACACCCACCAGUGCAAAGAAGACUCUGAAGCCCCCCUACCGCACCCCCGAGAGGGUCCGCAGACACAAAAAGGUGGGCCGCAGAGACUCACAAAGCAGCAGUGAGUUUUUAACCAUUUCCGACUCCAAGGAGAACAUCAGCGUUGCACUGACAAAUGAUGGCAAAGACAGGAGCAGUGCCCUGCAACCCGAGGAGAGUCUGCUGGACCCCUUUGGUGCCAAGCCUUUCCAUCCUCCAGACUUGUCGUGGCACCAGCCCCAUCAGGGCCUAAGCGACAUCUGUGUUGAUCAUAAUACCAUCUUGCCUGGGAGGCCAAGACAGAAUUCAGUACAUGGGUCAUUCCAUAGUGUAGACGCGUUGAGAAUGGAUGACUUUGGUGCCGUGCCCUUUACAGAACUCGUGGUGCAAAGCAUCGCGCCACGUGAGUCCCAACAGCCCCAGCCAGUCGAAUUAGACCCAUUUGGUGCUGCUCCGUUUCCUUCUAAACAGUAGAUGCUCCAGGUGGACUCGGCAAUAACUCCUGUUUCAAAAAAAGUAUGGAUAGUUUUAUGAAUCUUCAAGAAAACUUAUUUGUAUGGUUGUUUAUAUCCUUCAUUCUCCCAGGUUAAUCAGGAUAGGUGACUUUUAAAUAAACCAAAUGCAAGCACCUGUACAGGGUAGCGAGGCGAUGCCUUCUGCAAGCAGGAGGCGGCCGCAGAGGUGCAGCUGUGGGGCUUCCUGGGCAGGCAGGUGUGUGACCACCGAGAGACAGGAGAGCUUAUCACUCGGGCUGACGUCACCUAGGUGCACACCUAGGUCUAGCAGGUUUGCCCCAGGAGGAAACAGCCUGGAGCGUGCUGUCAGCUUGUACACUUCUCUGUAAUGUAGAGCCAGAAGUAACUGACAAUUGUGCCUAAAACUGUCACAUUUUUAAAAACAAGUGCCAUUAAUAUGGACUCUGUAGUGCUAACUAUAUGAAAUAAUGUAUAUAUAGUGACUCAGUUUAGCCCUUCCAUGGUAUAUACAUCAAAACAUGUACAUGAUAAUAUAUAUGCAGUUCUUAAUCUGUCAAAAAAUAAAUUUUUAAAAUAUGGAAUGCUUAAUAGAAACCUAGAACAAAAAUGUAAAGAGAAAUAUCUGACAUUUGAAAAAUGUAAAAUAAUUAUACGUCAAAAAGAAAGCAACAUUUGUACUUUAGAAAUACAAGUUUUUGAGUGGAUUUUUGCCAAAAUCUUUAUCAUGUCCCUAAUGAAGCAUAUUGGUAAAAAGUGGGAGGAGAGAGGUUAUAUAGAAAUUUAAUUUCAGGAAAAGCUAGCUGAAACUUUAAAUUUUAAAGAAGUUUACAGUGUAAAAUCUCGUACUUUGUUCCAUCAGCACCCUUGUCCAGCACUCCUGAGUCAUGAGCAGUUCCUUCCCUCAGGGUUGGGGGGCGUUUUACCUCACUGCUCCUGUUGGUGACACUGACGGAGUCACUAACUUCCUGCUGCCAGUCCCGCUGCACUGACAGCCGGACUUUCAGUGGAUGUAAGAAUUAGACCGUGGGACUAGGGACUUUAAUUCUGCUAGCUGGUUGCAUCAUCAGUGAAAAGAACCAAGCUACCAAAUUGCCUUUUAAAAAAAUACCACGAGUCAUAAUUAGAAACUUGACAUUUUGUAGAAGUCGUGUUUAAUGGUAGCAGUUAUACAUCAGUUAAUGUGAACACACUAUCUGCUCUUGUGUCCCUGUCUUUAGUUAUAGUUGUCUUUGCCGGAUUAGCAUCACACGUUUCUAGAUUAAUAGCUAUUUACAGAAAGGGGUGGGAACUUUAUUGCUGUUACUCUCCUUGCUUGCUAUGUUUUAAGUUAACUAUCUCUGCCCCCAAUUAGUGUAUUUUAUGAGUAAUCUUAUUAAAACCUCUUAAUUUUAGUGCCCUGAUGGGAUAAAUUAUUUGCCUACUCUCACAGUUUGGAACUUGGAAAGAAGCAGAAAAUAUAAGUAAGCCACGGUCAUUUUUCUUGCUUCUCCUCUGUGAGCUCAGUCAGGUGACAAGUGGAUGGGCAGCAGCCCAGCCUUAGGUCACCACCGAGAACUGGUCUGCACCACUUACUGUCCUUGUGCCAAAGGCAGAAACUAUGUUUGCACCUUUUUCUAGUUCUCAGGUUGAUUAAUCUUGCUAAUGCAAAUGCUAGUAGAUCCUUUAACUACACAACAGAUUCAGCGAUGCUGUCUUGUGCAAGUGAGGCAUUCACUCACACAGUAAACUCGUCAGCUGCACACUAGGUUUGUGUCUACGGAAAAGCUCAGCUCAGCGGGAAGGUAACAGUGAACUGGUGUGGUCUCCUGAGAUGUUUUACUUGCCUUUCAAUGCACUGACUAAUUUGACAUGACUCACUGACAGCCCCUUUGGCUUAUGCUGGAUGAAUCCUUAGGAAACAACUCUGCCACAGCCUAAAAUGUUUACAUUGCCUCCUACAGCCCAGCCAGGUGACAUUCCUCUUUUGAGACCAGCUCAUUGGACAGAUGGACUAUUUAUCUGGAGGUCCCGUGGGGCAGUUCCUUUAUGAUGAUGUUAGAGGCAUUUUCUUAAGGUGUAGAGACUUCCACUUAACUCUUCAGUCUCCGUACAGCUGAGCCUUAGGUACUUAAUUCCCUAAUGAGAGUUAAGCUACCAAACACAGGAUCCAGCACAUAGCACUCACGGAAAGACCGGCUCUGUUAUGGGAUAGCCCCGUCCUGGCUUAAGGAUGUCAUCUGGGCGUGCCCUGUGCUUCUAAGCCUGCAAAGUAGUCCUAAACCUGUUAAACUUGAACAUCAAAGGGAAGUCACAUUAGAGACCUCAAGGAUCCGAGGCCAAAGCUGUUUCUUAGAAGCUUUACCAGCUUAACUCUGAAUUGUCGUUUAAAGAGUGGACCAUGUGCUUACCUUCCAUUACUUCAGGCAAACGUUGCUAUCACAAAGAACAUUAUUUAUGAAGAAUGUAUAUGCGACACAAAGAAGUUGCUUGGUGUUUAGUUGGAGAAAAAUCUAUUUAAUCUGAGAGAAAAUGUUACUGACUCGAAUAUUAAGAACUGGAUUUCUCCCUCCUCCCAGGAUGUGUGUAUUUGGAGGUGGUUAAGUAAUCACUGGGAUCUCAGAUCUGUGCACCCUGCAGCCGUUUAACAGGGACUGACUACUGUUGUCAUUUGCUGGUGGAGCCCGCUCUCCUGUGCUGGCAUUGAGGGGCAGCCACUCUGCUGGGUCAUCUGGGUUUGCACAUGGAGUACUGGCACUGCUUGGGAGAGCCUGGGCACAUCUGUUUGUGUAUGUAGAAUUACAGUGAACUCUGUCAGUUCUUCUUUUUCUUUUUAGCAGAACUAGUCAUCAGUUUAGGUCCAGUUACGUGAGGUGACAGUCUACUGUGAGGAGAUGACAUGUCUACUGUGACAACAGCAAAUGGCUGUUACUAAAGUUACUAAGAUAAAAAGACACUCACAUACACAUCACAGCUUUCUAUUAGGGAAUUAAUGUGAAUUUAAAAAUGGCAAUCAUGUUUUGUUUUGUUUUGAAAGUGAAAGAGCAUUCACUCCUAGAGAGGGUCCUCAAAAGCCACCAAAGGGAAGACGCAGAUGAAAAUACAGAGGGUUGGGUCUCUUUUAAGUUUUGUUUCUACAUCUUAAGAUUCACAGCGCUGCUUUCAGAAGAGAACUGAUUUUAUUCCUGUGUGCGUUUUUUGACGGAAAAGUCGUCCAAUAGAAGGGGUGCUCACCACUUGUUUUUCCUCUGCGGUGCUGGGAACUGAAGCCAGGGCCUGGCACCUGCUAGACAAGUGCUUGGGCGCUGAGCUCCGCCUCCAGCCGGAAGCUCCCUUUAAUUGCUGGCAAACAGCUUUAAGUGCACUUUCUUUGAUUACACUUCCAUUUUUUGUUAAACUUGAAUUUUCUGAAGCCUUUUAUGUACCACUAAGCAAAUAACUUUAAUCUUUAAAAAAUGGAUUUAUAUCUUUAGUUGUGUUUCUAACUGUUAAAAAACAUACUUGCUAAAGUGACUUAAAUCCUCAAAUGUAGCUGGGAAACUUAAGAAAUAGAAUUCAGCUGCUUCCCCUGUACCCAGUUAGGCACUAAUUUUAUUACCUUAUUGCCUUUACAUUGCUUAGUCUUGAAUUCUGUUCACUAUUUUGUUUGAGAUUUAAAGUUAUUUUCUUACUGUAUUUAUCAUACCUACUGUUUUAAUAAUCUGCCUUCUUUAAAUGCAAUAAAUCCCAAAUGGAUUGCUUAUUCUUUAUAA